GACCAUAUUUUAUUAGUUUACAGACAUGAAAUGUAUUAUGUUAGCCUGGAUUAUAAUUCUCUCUGAAACAGCAUCAGCCCAAAAUUGUGUAGAGGAAGAUAAAACAUCCAAGGAUUGUGUUCCUGAAGAGGAAAAAUUAGACCCUGUAGGACAAAAAAUUACAAAUAUAUUAAGCCCGGAAAAUGAGGAAAACAUUAUUAAGAAAGGAAAAGAAGAGGAAAAGAGAAAUAAAGGUUUUAGAUCAACAACCCCUGCUGAAGACAAUGUUGCAUUAUCCAUCUGGAACAAAUUAAGGGUGUUGCCCUGCAAACAAAAUUGCGGAACAUUUAGCCCAACUUGGAAGAAAUCUUUUGAUACUGCAGUUAAACUGUUUGAUCAGCUGGAAACCACUGAUCAUGUUAAAACUGAUUUUAAAACUUUUGUAAAAAUUGGAGAAGAGGUUUUAGAAUUGCUCUAUGAAAAGAAAGAGGUAAAUGAAAACCUGGUAAAAUCGGCAUACUUAAAGGCAAUGAAACUCAGGAAUGAUACGGACGGUAUAAAUGUUGAUCCUGGACAGAUAUUUCCAGCUUUAGCAGAUGAAACCAGGCAAAAUACAAUCACUGGGAAUGACUAUGCUGAUAAACCUGUUGGGGAAACAUCUUGGAAAGAACUGAAGAAGUUGCCAUCAAGGGUUGCAGCACCAGAGGAUAAACUGGACUAUUUCAGAGAAGAUACGAGGCUACAUAUUUUCCAUGAUACGUUUCAUUCCUUGAAUUUUGGAAACAAUGAACAAGACCGAGACAAAAUGAAUUUUUCUUUUAUCUGCAUCGACUACUUUUGUUCAG